AUGGAGAAAGACUACAAGCAGCUCAAGAUGCAGCAUGUCUCCGGACUUACCGGGAGCUCCCUCUUCGACGUCAACAGCGUCUCUCUAGCAAUGCCUUUGACUAUCUUACUUUGGUCCGUUAUCCAAUCGCGCAUGCGCCUGUUCACGCCAUACACAUCUGCCGCCUGCUUUGUCGAUUUCCUGCUUAAUUGCGGAGUCACGCUUGUCGCGACUACCCUCUACUCGUCCUCGCCAUGGCUCCUAAACCUGCUUCUAUUGCUCCCGGCAGCGUUCCUAUACAUCAGCUCCCCUCCGAUGCCUAUUAGACCGACCGCGCCGCGACCGCCGACGAAAGCUAGCGAUGCGAGAAAGACCAGCCCCGAUCCUCUACCCAUGAAACCUUUCAUCACGCACUACCGCGGCUCAAUGAUGGUGAUAACGUGCAUAGCUAUAUUGGCGGUGGAUUUCCGUGUCUUUCCUCGGCGUUUUGCGAAAGUAGAGAAUUGGGGGACAUCGCUCAUGGAUAUGGGCGUGGGUUCGUUCGUCUUCACAAAUGGUGUGGUCUCCGUUCGGUCCUCCUUGAAAACACCGAGUGGAAAGCUUCCACCUCUGUCGAUGCGCCUCGUCGCGUCGAUGAGACAUGCAACGCCGCUUCUUAUCCUUGGAAUCAUACGACUUAUCUCCGUCAAGGGGUUGGAUUACGCUGAACAUGUCACCGAAUACGGCGUCCACUGGAACUUCUUCUUUACAUUGGGCUUCCUCCCGCCCUUUGUUGCGCUGUUCCAGUCAGCAUUCGCCCUUGUGCCGUCAUAUGCUGUUCUCUCCUACGUCUUAGCCGCAUUCUACGAGCUCGCUCUAGAUAAGACCAACCUCGGCGCGUUCAUUUUGACCGCUCAGCGCACCGAUCUAAUCUCGAAGAAUCGAGAAGGUAUAUUCUCGUUCUUCGGCUACCUUGCUAUAUUCCUCGCUGGCCAGUCCCUGGGCUCCUUCGCCCUUCCGAGGCAAUCGCCUCCCCCAAAGAAUGCUUCGAAAGCAACCCUGAUCCGGCAAUCUAUCUUGGGCAGGCUCGUCAUCUCCGCCUUCUUAUGGACAGCUCUAUUCUACCUGUCCGUCAGCUACUACGGCUUUGGUCUUGGUGUAUCUCGACGACUAGCCAAUCUGCCCUACUUCUUGUGGGUGUGUUCGUUCAACAGCUACCAAAUCGCCAUCUGUUGCGCCAUCGAGACGGUUCUCUUUCCGAAUCUGUAUAAAGCGGCGACAAGGGAAGAAGAGAAGCAGAGGUGCAGAGAUGCCACGAGCACUGUGUUGUUCUCUUUCAACCGCAAUGGGCUCGUGGUCUUCUUACUGGCGAAUUUGCUGACCGGGCUUGUCAAUAUGACUAUGCCCACAUUGCAUAUGAGUGUGUUUCAGUCAAUGGGUAUACUAUUGGGCUACAUUGCUGCGGUUGCGGGAGUCGCAGUCGCUUUAGAUCGGCUGAAUGUUUCUAUUAAGCUGUAGAGGGACGCUCUAAAAUGAAGCCUUUCCUCACCACUCGGCUCAAUGUAAAAACCUAUGCUCAGCG